CCCUGAGUGAACAGCUGAUCGCCGAAGCUAUGUUGCCUGGGUUACGUUGUCUGAAGGCGGACAUGGAGGCCAUAGCCGCAGAACACCAGGAGGUUGUGUCGGCCAUGCUUAGAGACUAUCAGCAGAAGCUAGAGGCCAGGUCACUGACCCCUGGCAGCACAGACGACCUCAAGGCCACAGUCAUGUCCAAGAUCAAGGACACAACCUCCAAAGCCAACAUCGGCAAUAUUUUCAACCGCAAGAAGUAGAGUCCACUCAAAACAUGACCUCCUGACCGGUCAAGUGACAAGGAUUUAUUUCCUUAUGUUUUCUGUCAGUUUUAACAUUUAGACCUAAAGGUUUCUUGUGUGAAGUUUUAUCUACUUUUUUAAAAUUUGCUGUACUCUAAGACCUUGGCUGAUUGGUCUCUGUUGUGCAGUGCUCUUUGUCGCAGCAUACAGAAGUCCUGGCAAUCAAGUACAGCUGAAACUGUCUAAGAAUGCAACCCAUUGUCUAGAAAAACUGGCGGUCUUAUGCAGGUGGUGGUCUUGCACUUACAAGUUACACAGUGCCACCAUAAUGUACCCAAUACACAAGGGAAGAAAUUGGAAUUGGGCGUUUAUUCAGGUGAUUGUAUUAUGCAUGUGGCUGUUAGAGCAGGUUCAACUGUAUCACCAUAAUUAUAUAGAUCUGUUUGGGUGCUGUAUCCUCCCUUCUUUGCCAGAGAUGGUCCUUGAAAGUAGUGGGCUCUUUGAUAAACAAUAUUGUUUCUACGGGAAAGCAUUUUUACAAUCAUUUGAAAGCUUGAAAAGGAGGGGGAGGGGGCAUCAGUUACUGGCAGGAGUGCAGCCCAUCUUAACUCUUUAUUCCGAGGAGGGUAAACCCACUACAUCGGGGCCCUGUUUUGGUACUAAAUCUAAAAGUGACAAUGAUCAAAACAAGUGAACCUAUUUUUAUAGUUCUUUCGUCUAAUGAAGGAACUGGUAAAAGAGACCUAUGUUCGGCAAUUGUUGAAAAGUAAUUUGAUGUUGACGUUGUCGCAAAGGAAUGUGCCCAAGCUGCUGCCAGCAGCUCACCGGCACAGCAGUUUCGACUGCAAGCCAAUGGGAGCAGCUUGCUGGAGAUAAGGGGUUAAGAUUCUUUAAGUUGUCACAGAGAAGAAUUCCACAUCUGUGGGUAGCAGUUAGGCGCUUUGCCAUUGAAGGCAGGAAUGUGUGGAGAAAUAUCUAGCAAGCAUCGCGGUCUUCCUGCUAGGAUGUUUAAUCCCUCUCAGCUCGGGUUGGCCUUGACAGGCAGGGUCGAAAACAUGCCUCCUGAAUGAUCUAAACUGUGUUGAUCGGGGCUUAAAUGCACCUACAUAAUUUUUAAAAAGCUGGAUUGAAAAAGAUGAAACAGAGGGAGAAAUGGGAUAUGUAAGAUCUGAUAAUGCCCACAGUUGAUAGAGUGGACCUGCUCUAUGAUUCAUCUUUUGUAGGUGGUAACUUUUUGCUAAUAUGAAGUACUUAAGCUUGUAAGUAAGGGUGAUUUUGAUUUCCUCAGUAUCAUUUUAUUUAAAUGUUUAAGUGACCAAUUGAACCAUGCACAUUUUGAAUGUGAAGCCAUUUAUAUAAUCAGUAAACGCGCUUCAUCCAAAUACAUUAUGUCUGCUUCAUCUUGAUGGAGAAAUUCUGUCAGUGUUUUGUACAUUAUUAUGCCUUCUCACUUUUAUUUCCUUGAGGUACAUACAUUUUUAUAUUCAACCAGAUUCCAGACAAAGAAACACUUUCUGAUUACACAAUCUGUUCAUAUAUAUUCCAAAUUUUGAAUUUUCAAAAAUGAUUAAUUGAGAUGUUAUGAUGUUGUUGGACAGUUUCUUGGACAUGUGUUGUCUCUUUACUAAUUUCUUCUUUGUGGAUUCUUGGUAAAGUUGGUGUCCAAACACAUGGCUAGUGUGAAUUUCCCUUUGAAGUACAACAUAUUUGAAUAAGAUAAAUAAGAAAAGUUGAAGUUGAACUCUAAAGCACAGUGGUCUGGGGGUCUAUAAACAGGACAUGGCGCCUUUCAACGCAUUAAAAAAGAUGUCAUCAUGAAUUGACAACAUCGCAUGCAUACCAGAUCUCUAUUUUUAUCUAGCUUAAGAAUUCCAGUGCAAUUUUAUAAAACAUUCUCUGUCUACUGGCGAGGUACAUCUAUUAUUUUCAAAGUUUGAAUGAAUUGCCUGUUCUAUUUUAUUUGACUUUAGAUUCUUAAAGAAAUUUUUUAAUUCAUGGCCAUACAGAACUAUCAACAUUGAUUAUCGUAUACAGCUGUACCAUUCCUUUUCUUAUUUCAAAUCUUUCCCCUAUUUUAUGUGUGCUAUGUAUUUAUGCAUUUGUCUGUUUAGAUUGUUUUGCUUUUAUGAUGUAUGUUUUUGUCUGUUCAGAUUUUUAUUCAAUAUAAAUUGUUUGCAAUAAACAGGUUUGAUGGUGGGGUGUGAUGUCAGUACUUGACACAGUGCAAUUUCAGACUAAUCUUUGUAUGUAAUUCAUUUUGGUUUUUUUUAGCCUUUCUUAACUACACCUGAGACUAGAAAUGUGAGUGUUUGGGGUUCUUUCUUGACUAAUCUAUUUGACGUACGUUGUGGCUCAAGGCUGUGUAUGCAACAUUGACAAUUUAAUCAUCUUUCAGUGGUUGUGAUCAGCAAAGUCUCAAUCUUUCUCCUGUUUUGAGCAAGAUGGCUGAGGUACAAUAAAGGACGACUUUAUUUAUUC